UUCACAUUAAUUUAAUUGUAAAUUUAUGCCAAACAUCAUGCUUUUCAUAGCCUGCGUUGCAGCUGGACGUGUCACACAAUCCCCCGGCGGUUUAGACUGUCUGCGACGCAGGCUAGCUUUUCAGUGUUAUCCAAUUAUCCAACCAUGUUCGUGAGGUCAUUUCAAUUGAAAGAAGGAUUGUGUCUAUGGAGGUAAACGCCACAGGUCGAAGACAUGCAGCAGCUGCACGAAGAAACGAACUCUUUCUUGAGUGCAAAGUUUUUUUGUGCUAACUUAAGGAGCCUGGAAAGCAGAUCUUUUGUAGGUGUUGGCCAAUGGAGGACAAUCGGGAACCAAUUGGAACACAUGUUUAUGUGCUAAUCUAGAAUGCGGACUGGAAAGUUAUGUAAUCGAUCGAUAUUCAUAACUCCGGCUUUUCUCAUGCAACGGGCCAGUAGGAAUUUUCACCUUUGAGCUCAUCGAAGGUAUUAUGGAAGCCGAGGAAGAAAUGAAGAAAGGGAACUUCCAGAAAGCUCGCGAACUGUUCGACGACUUGCUUCGGAAAGGCAAAAGCAAAGUUCAUUACCUGCUUGGGAAAGCUGAUUGUUUCGUUCUAGAAGGACGUUUGAUGGAUUCGUUGCCCAUUUAUUGCGAGGCGUUUAAAAGCGGUAAAGUUCAGCCCAAUCGACUGCUUCAGCUUGUCGGUGCUUUAACAAAUAUGAUAAAAAUCGAACUGAAUGAGUAUCAAGCAGAUGACGAUUAUGACACGAUUUUGCAAUGCAUGAACUGUACGGGUAUUUUGUGCGAUCCUGUUACUCUACCCUGUGGAGAUUCCUUUUGUAAACUGUGCUUGGAGAAACGAGAAGCGAAGAAGUGCGAGCAUUGUGGCGGUUCGUUUCCCUACAUGCCCUUAAAGGUGAAUGUUAUUUUGCAAGACAUCCUUGAGAAAUCGUUCGACAAGGAAUUGGGGGCUAAUCGGUUGCGUCUAGAAGGGAACAAUUUACACAGAAAAAAACAAAGCCUUGCCGCGAUCGAUAAAUACCUCGAAGCAGAGAAACUCAACAAAUCUGACCAUUUGAUUCAGAGUAACCUUGCGUGUAUUCUUAUCUCACUGGGUCGCUUUGAGGAGGGUCUUCUCAGAGCUAAUAAGACUUGCCAACUUCAGCCAACAUGGCCAAAGGGGUACUACAGGAAAGGAUGUGCUUUGCUUGGUUUAAAUAAAAAAGCUGAAGCUGCAGUGGCUUUUAUGCACUGCCUUGCUAGGGAUCCAGAAAAACCAACUGUUAGAAAAUCCAUAACAAAGCUUCUACAUGAAAUGAUUACAGAAGGUAUCUCUUGCUCCAGUCGAGGCCAAAAGCGGGCUAGAACUUCCAGUUCAAACAGUGACAGCACCUCCCCAGAUGACACCAAUGGCUGUGUCAUUCUUCAAAGAUUGACAAGCCUUGUGGAUCUAGUAGAACAAAGUAAAGUGGAACAUGGCACUGUUGAAAGUGAAGGUGAACCUGACUUGAAAAAGUUACGACUUGACAAGCGAUGUUGUGUUGAAGAUUUGGAAUGUACAUUAUGCUGCAGGUUGCUCUAUGAACCUGUUACCACACCCUGUGGCCAUGCAUUUUGUCGUUCCUGCCUCAAUUGUAAUCUUGAUCACAGACCAACCUGUCCUAUCUGCAGAUUUUCCUUGAAAAAGUUCCUUGCUGAGCGAAAUCAGACUGUUACAGUUGCAAUAAGCAGGCUUACUGAAACUGCUUUACCUGAGGAGUUUGUAGAAAGGAAGAAACUACAUGAAGAAGAAAUGCAAAAGUUAGCCAGUGUGGCAAGUGAUACUACAGAAGAUGUGCCUAUUUUUGUAUGUACCUUAGCAUUUCCAUCUCAGCCCUGCCCUCUGCAUAUUUUUGAACCUCGCUAUCGUCUGAUGGUGAGGCAAUGUAUGGAAUCAGGGUCACAGCAGUUUGGCAUGUGCCUGCACAAUGAAGAGAAGGGUUUUGUUGAUUAUGGUGUGAUGCUUGAGAUAAGAGACUUGCAGUACCUCUCAGAUGGAAGAUCUUUUGUUGACUGUGUUGGUGGGAGACGUUUUAAGGUUCUUAAAAGAGGAAUGCAAAAUGGAUACCAUACAGCUAAAGUAGAAUGGAUAAAGGAUGAAACAAUCCCAGAGGAAGAACUAGAGGAUGUAAAUACACUUCAUCAACAAGUUUACAAUGAAACAAAAUCUUGGUUCAACAAUCUACCACUCCUUCCACGGAGAAGGAUCACAAACAUGUUUUCUGAGAUGCCAAGCUGUGAUGCCGAGCCUCAGAAUCUACCCCAGGGACCUGUUUGGAUGUGGUGGUUUCUUUCUGUUUGUCCAAUGCCCCUUGACAAACAGCUAGAAUUCAUCUCCAUGUCUUCACUGAAAAAGCGGCUGGAAAAAUUACGACAGACAAUAUCUUCAAUGCAGACAUAAAUAAUGAAGGUAAUUUAACCAUUCAUCCCAAGAAUUGAGAUUAGAGUAUUUUUGUAAUACCCCUAAGAGGGUAAUCAUUAGGUUCAUCAUUGUAAAGGAGGUAGAAAAAGCUUUUGAUCUUGGCAGUAGUGAAAUUUAUUAUCCAACUACACC